CACAAUUUAUGUAAAGUCCAUCCAGGUAAAUAAUCAAACCAUCAUGACCAGACACGUGUUCAUAUACGUGUUAAAUUGCUUACAAAACAUCUAUAACAAAAGAUUAUUUCUUGUAUAGAAAGUUUCAGGCUAAAGAGUGUGCUAGUUUAUUUUAAAUGAUUACAACGAAAAUACCAUCAUAUCAAAAUGGACGAGUUGCCAGUUUCCUAUUUUGAAGUAAUUGGAAUUAGAUUUUAUAUUUUGAUAUUUGCAGCCACUCUUGUGCUUGCUAAAAUUUUUCAGAAACUUUGGAAUGAUUUGUAUCGUUCACCACCCGGUCCGUGGGGCUUUCCCAUUCUUGGACAUUUACCGCUACUUGGAAGUAAUCCAGCGAAAACAUUAAUGGACAUAUCUAGAACUUACGGUGACGUGUUUAGAAUUCGCAUGGGAAGUUGGCCAACGAUUGUUUUAAACAGCAACGAGACAAUACGUGAAGCGUUGAUGGACAAUGGAGAAGUAUUCUCAGACCGUCCUGAAUUCUACACAGGGAUAAGUUUAUAUAACAUGAAGAGUAUAGCAUUUGGAUCGUACACCCCUCGUUGGAAAAUGCACAGAAAAAUUGCAAAUUACGUUCUCAGACAAUUUGUUUCGGCUAAAAAUAACCCAACAGAGGACGUCAUUAAUAACGAGAUAGACAUGAUCAUCAAGAGCUUUCUUGAGAGAAAAGAGUCCCACUUCAGCCCCCAUGAUGACAUAUUUAUAGGAAUAGGAUGUAUAAUAUACCAGCUUUGUUUUGGGUCUGCAAGAAACUGUCGUGAGGAUAAACAAUUUUUGAAGUUCAUCGACAAUACAAAAAUAUUUGUCGAAACGGCCGGAUCGGGGAACCCUCUUGAUGUUAUGCCAUGGUUGCGAUUUGUUAUGCCCUGGAAAGCUAUACGAUUUCAGAAAGUGGUCGCAUUAAACAGAAAGGUGGUUUCUUCUGAAGUAAAUGAACAUCAGAAAUCAUAUGACAAUAAUAAUCACAGGGAUAUCACUGACGGAUUGCUUUCCGCCGCGGAACAAUACGGAAAUUCGCCGGAACUAUACAAUGGAAUUACAAAAGAGGAGAUUUUGUCAUCUUUAUCAGACUUUAUGGGUGCUGGAUUUGAGACCGUUUCAACUACGCUAGAAUGGACAAUAUUAUAUCUGUCAUACCAUAAUGCUGUACAAAGACGGGUUCAAGAGGAAAUAUACUCAGUGAUUGGUGAUAGAAAGCCGAAUCUUACUGACAAAGGAAAACUUCCGUUUACCGAAGCUACGAUAUUAGAGGUGAUCCGAUUGGCUACUGUGGUACCAAUGGCGAUUCCACAUUCAACGACUACCGACAUUGUGUUCCGAAAACACACAAUUAAAAAAGGGACUGUUGUGUUUUGCAAUACGUAUGCCACAGCUAGGGAUCCUAAACUAUGGACAAAUCCCGAGAAAUUUUCACCAGAUAGGUUUUUAGACAAUCAUAACCAAAUUAAUCAACAGAAAGCAGACGAAGUUCUAACAUUUGGUAUUGGACGCAGACGGUGUCCUGGGGAAUUUCUUGCAAAAAUGGAACUCUUUUUGUUUGUUACCAAUAUUUUUCAAAGAUUUGAAAUAGAAUUGUGUUCAGAACCUAAUUUUGAACCAAUUUUUGGAUUAACUUGCAAGCCAGUGCCUUAUGAUAUUAAAGUGACCGAAAGAUGUUAGAAUGUAUUCAUCUUUAUCCACUUUUAAUCCGUACAAAUAAUCUGUUUUAAGUAUAAGUAAAAAAUGGGAAAUACACCCACACACACACACACACAUAUAUAUAUAUAUAUAGUAUAUUAAAAUAUAUUUAGUAAAAAGGCUUUUCAUUAGAUUGCACAUGACAUUUGACACUGCAAAUGUGAGUUAAGCAAAGGAACGAGUCAUUGUGGGAAAGGAACUCGAGCGGACUUUAUAAUUUUAAGUUCGUUCUAAAUGUAACGUCGAUGUUCUUGAUAUUAAUUUGCAAAAUAUCUACACAUAAAAAAAUCUACAAUCUCUGUAGGCAUUGCUUUUGAUGAUUCUAUUAUUUUCCGACUUGUUUUGAUAAU